AUGUCAACUCAUCAUUUAUCGAAAACAAACCACAUGAUUCAAAACAUGAUCACCCAAUCUGAAUCCUUUCAUCCUUCCGUUUCUCCAAAAAUUAUUUCCUCCAUUCAUGCAUUGACUCUUGUCGUUUUAAUAUUACUUGUUGCAUUCCGAUUCUUGAUUUCAAAAUGGAUGAAACAUUCUUUUCGGAUUUUCCAAUUCAUUUUAGUGGUUUUCAGCUGCACCUUUUCUGUUGUGUCUUUAUCGAUAUUAAUUUUUAUUCAAAUGACACAUGUCGUGAAUGAACAAAAUUUAAUUCUAUUUCGAUUAUUGUUGGGAGGAGUGUGCAUGCUCAUUCCUGGAGCAAUUUCUAUUGUAUUUGAAAGAGAACAUCAACCAAAGACUCCCUUUCAAUGGAAUUUUCAAGAAGGGUUGAAACAAUUUGUGGAGUGUUCGAAAAUUAUCAUUAAGGAUAAGAUUACUUAUUUUGGAAUUUCCACCAUUUUGUUUUUGCAAAUCGUGAUUCCUUUAGUUUCAAUUAUUCUAAUACCAGGUGUGAAAAUUUCAUCUUCCUCUUCCUAUUUAAGAAGAUUUAUUUCUGAAUUACUUUCAAACAUGCCUUCCAAUGAAAGUUCAUCAACCACUCACACUCUUCUCACCCAACUAGAAAAUGAUCAGUUUUUCACGUUCUAUCUCGUGAUCAUUGCUACUUCAUUACUAAAUUUGGGAUUGAAUGGAUUUUUCGGAUACGGAGAGGAAAAGUGUUGGAUAGAAUAUUUAUGGAAUCAAUAUUGGAAUUCUUUUCUCCAAAAGAACGAUAAGAAUUACAUCUUAGAAAGACUUAAAGGUCCAUAUAUUUUCAAAUUUAUCAAAAUUUCUUUAUGGAUUGGAUUCGUUCAUGGCUUAUGGCAUGCACCUUUGAUUUUAUUAGGACAUAAUUAUGGAAUUCCAGAAACGAAUUCUCCUAAUUGGAAAGGAGUAUGGAUGAUGACUGCAAGUUGUACCUUUCUUUCGCCUCUCCUGUGUUUUUUUCACAUAACGGAGCCAAUUAUCGAGCUCUUCUGCUUCGUGUGA